ACCAGCGGCGCAGCGGGCGGCUUUGGGCUCUGUCCCCGACACGUUACGGCGCGCAAGAAGCUUCGCUCUCCUCCUGCUCGCGGCAAGCCCCUCGCGCAGCCAGGACCCAUCGCGCCGGGCCGUGGGGCUGGCGCUUGGCUCUCCGCUUGCCGCGCAAGGAUAUCCCGCGGCUCCCGGAGGCAGCUCUGGGGACCGAGCGCUUCUUGGGACUUCGGCUCGACGGCGCUCAGAUGAGUGACUUUGGAAUCAAAAACAUGGAUCAGGUAGCACCUGUAUGCAGCAUGUACAGAGGACUGCCCAAGAGGCAGCCUGCAUUUGAUAGCUUUGAAGGUGGAAACUCUUUACUUAUGGGAUACUUCCCCUCAUUAAAUGAAGAUCAGACAGUCCAGGAAGUGCCAACAGGCCUUGAUUCUAUUUCUUAUGAAUCAAACAGCUGUGAAUUGCCUCUCUUAACUCCAUGCAGUAAGGCUGUAAUGAGUCAGGCCUUAAAGGCAACGUUCAGUGGCUUCACAAAGGAGCAGCGUAGAUUGGGCAUUCCAAGCAAUCCAUGGCUAUGGACACAGCAUCAAGUGUGUCAAUGGCUUAUCUGGGCUUCCAGUGAAUUUACUUUGGGAAAUGUGAACUUUGGAAGGUUUGCCAUGAAUGGCCAAGAGUUAUGCAAUCUUGGAAAGGAGCACUUCUUGGAACUGGCACCUGAUUAUGUGGGUGAUAUUCUGUGGGAACACUUAGACCAGAUGCUAAAAGACAAUGAAGAGAAGCCCCAGGAACAGUAUAUGGAGAAUUCCAACCUCACUUCAUCUCCACAUUGGGUCAGCAACAAUACAUUAGGUAUUAAUACUGAACAAGUACAAUACUGUGCUCAAGUACCCAGCUAUCCGAAAACUCUAAGCUAUGCAAAAACCAGCCAUUUGGGUGACUUAUGUCAGACAUCAGUUGGACCAAAUCUAGUUAAUCUAAAACAAGAAUUUCAGUUUCCAAAAGCACAGUUAGAAACAAUCAAUGUGAACUACUGUGCUAUGAAUCAGGAUUUCACAAGAAACAAUCUGAACUUGCUGGUGGAUAAUUCUGGUAAACCAAGGGAGCAUGAUUCAAGUGACAGUGGCACAGAAAGUUAUGAGAGCUCAGAUUCAUUGCUACAGUCUUGGAACAGCCAGUCUUCUUUAGUGGAUGUUCAACGUGUACCAUCUUAUGAGAGUUUUGAAGAGGACUGCAGCCAGUCCUUGUGUCUGAACAAACCCACAAUGUCCUUUAAAGACUACAUUCAAGAAAGGAGUGACCCUGUAGAACAAGGAAAACCAGUUAUACCAGCAGCAAUUCUAGCAGGGUUUACAGGCAGUGGGCCUAUACAGUUGUGGCAAUUCCUUUUGGAACUUCUAACGGACAAAUCUUGUCAGUCAUUCAUUAGCUGGACUGGAGAUGGAUGGGAGUUCAAACUUGCUGAUCCAGAUGAGGUUGCACGACGAUGGGGCAGAAGGAAAAACAAGCCCAAAAUGAACUAUGAGAAGUUGAGCCGUGGCCUGCGCUAUUAUUAUGACAAGAACAUCAUUCACAAGACUUCAGGAAAACGUUACGUAUACCGUUUUGUAUGUGACCUACAGAAUCUGUUGGGCUAUACAGCAGAGGAGCUUCAUGCUAUGCUAGGAGUACAACCAGACACAGAGGACUGAGUAUUGUGAUCCUGUGCAACAUCAGAAAUGAAAGAACACAUGAACAGUUAAUUGGGCCCGUCAGCAUCAGUCAUUGGUUUUACCAUCUGGCUGUUUCGGAGUGGUGCACUGCUAAAGACCUUAAAGAAGUGAUUUUGUAAUGGGGGAAGAUGAAGAAAAGUGGCCUUAUUUUCAGGCACAGUGACUUCAGAUGUUCCUGUAUCCAUCCUUUUGACAGCAUUGAGUGAGGUCAGCAAAGUCCCCAGCUGACACCUGAAGAUACAAAAGUGCUCCAGGGUUCAUGGUCCGAUUAUGUACACUGCCAUAUAAUUAAGGGUGUUACCCAUACCAAAGGUGGAUAGCCAUUGGAAUUUCUGGCACAAAAGCCCUCCUAAAAUAACAACUUUGCAGCUGUUACAUGUCAAGGGUGAUAAGUGAAGAGGCCAGGUAUCCUUUACUGAGCACAGGUGCUGCGGGUGAAGUUGCAUUGGGCAUUAUCUCAUGUGUGCAUUGAUCAUGCACAAGUAGUGGAGCCUCAAAGCCAGACAGAGCAAAGGCCGAGGUUCCUCACAAGAAGGCAAAAAUAAUACCAUUUCAAAGUUGAUAUAUUUGUGUGUGCGUGUAUAUGUGUGAGCAUGUUCAUACAACUCUGGCAAUUUAAUGCUCCUAUUUAAUAGAUAUUGUAUCUUGUAAUUUAAGCUAAUGUAUCUGACAAAGGAAGAAAAUGAAUGUUUCAUUUUAGAACAGCAGCAGCUACAGCAUUCUGGAAAGUAUUUGAUCUACUAAGACUGCAGGCCUUUGAGAUUAAGUCCCUCUGGAAGUGGGACUUUGCUUCUUAGUAGUCCUACAUACUGUUCUCCUGCCAGGAAGUUUCUAAGAUAGUGUAAUACAGGCAUAUGCCAAUGCCGCUGUUUUACAAAAGGCAUGAUCCAUGGAGACAUGCUCUGAGCAUUUUUUUCAGGUGACUUAAUCAUAGUCUAGGGCUCAAGGUUCAGUUUUACUUGUCCUCCAAAUGAAAUUGAAAAUGUUAAUAUUGGUUGAAAUAUAUUUAUUGAUGAAAUAUUUCUUCUAUGCAUGUUCCUUUUAAAACAAUCUAUAUAUAAUCCCUAUUUUUCUUUCAGCUGACCAUUCCCCACCCCUUUCCUUCACCCAUAGUGAAUUAUCCUGAUAAAAAUAUGAAUUCUAUUUUUGGAAAGAAUUCUGACUCCUAUUCAGCAGUUAGGAGAAAGAGAUGUAGCAGCUAUUUUUACUGCAGAAAAUUCACUGGAAAAUGAACUUUGUAAUGAGUUAUUUUUUAUCUGUUGAUGUAAAUUUAAAUGUACAGUAUGAGGUUUAAAAAAUCAAAUUUUAUUAAACCUUCUUGAAGAAAGACCAA